AUGUUACGUUGGAAAUUAAUUGAAGCGAAAAAGUUGUCGUUCAAGAAAUGCAUACAAAGCAUAUACGGGACACUUCUGGAGAUGAUGUCAACACCUUUUUGGCGACAAAGGCCUGAGUGUCGGGAAGUGUUGGCCAAACAUAACGAUAGACAUAAAGUGAUGACAGGGAAUGAGUAUCGCAUCGAUUAUAUCACUGAUACGGAUGUCGAGCGUGAGGUCCGGUCGGCGCCCCCGCCGUCACACCAACUCAUGGGCUCUGAUCUGAUG